CUCAUCUGUCAUUCAUAGUGAACUCAAUAAGCCUGUAGUUAUCAUAAAGCUUUACUCAGCAGUUUUAAAUUUACGGUUUAUUCUGAUUUCUCAGAGAAAAUUGAAAAUCAUCUAGUAGCGGCAAUUGUUUUGUUUCUUAUAAAUAAAUAAUACCUACAAUAAAUCAAAUAUACCUAGUUUCUUAUCUACUUAGAAAAUGGGUGAUAACGAAAAAUUUACGAUACUUUCCAAUGUCAUCACAACUAGAAAUCUUAUUUUGAGAGGUUUUUGCGGCAUUUAUUUAUGUGCAUUUCUAAGUUUUUAUGUUCAAGCUGAAGGUUUAUUUAGUCACGUUAAUGGAAUACUUCCUCCUGAAAUUGAGUCAAUAAAAGGAAAUUAUUUACAUGAUCAGAUAAUUUCAUUUGUCGACCGCCCUACAUGGAUUCGGAUUCUCAAAAUAUUCCAAGUGGCAACUUUUCCGGCCAUCGAACUGAUAUGCAUAGCAGGAGCUAUUCUUUCUUUCUUUGGCUUUGUUUCAAGAAGAUUCUGCAUUCUCCCCAUUUUAACAAUUUUAUGGACAUUAUAUUUCUCACUCGUCGACAUUUCAAAGUCAUUUCACAAUCAAGCUGAUGAUUUGUUGCUUGAAGCUGGUCUGGUUUGUAUUUUAUUGGCACCUGGAUUGAGUUUGAAGUCUUAUGGUGUAUCAGACAAUGUCAUGAUGCAAUUAAUGCGAUGGGUAUUGUUCAGAUUUUUGUUUGCAUCAGGAGUUGUAAAGUUAGCAACCGGUUGUCCGCAUUGGUGGAAUCUCACUGCAUUAAAGCAUCAUCUUCUUGUGUUACCAUUACCAACGAAUUUAUCAUUCUAUGCUUAUUACAUUCCUGAUGGAUAUUUGAAACUCACAACUGCAUUUGUCAAUGUUUCUGAACUCCUUUGUCCUUGGUUCUUCUUCGCUCCUAUCAGAUCUCUUCGAUUUUUCGCUUUUUACUGGCAAAUUUUUCUACAGUUAUGUAUAAUUGCAACAGGAAACUACGGAUUUUUGAACUUUACGAUCAUCGUCAUGUUGUUGUCACUUCUCGAUGAUUCUCACUUCCAAUCUGAUAAAUAUCUUGGCAGAACCAACUUCAGGAAGGUUUUCUCGUUUAUUCUUACAAUGAUAGCAAUAUUCUUCAUAAUGAUCAUUUCAAUGAUAUUUUAUAAAGUUACUUUCAACGAUGGAAAGAUUGAUGUAACAGUUCUUUUUACUAAAAAUCAAUAUUCGGAUAUUAUUCAUCAGAUGAUAAAAUUGUCACCGUUUAUUAUGACAAUUUCAAUCCUUAAUGUUUUCCUUCAGUCAUGCAUUGCACAUCCAGAAAUAACAUCUGCAAAAGGAUUCUUUGGAAAACUCUCGAAAAUAAUUCAUUUGUUGGCUUUAACAAUGAUUGCAAUAAGUUUAGUUGGAUGUUCAACUGUUCCACAUGGAAGAUUACACCCAGAUACGAAUAUAUCGAAUACAACAAUUGGAAAGGUUUACAACGAUGUGUUUCUUAAAUAUCAUAUUGUACACGAGUAUGGAUUACAUUUAAGAAAUAUGCGAUCUGAACGUUUGGAGCUUGGAAUCCAAUACACGAAUAAUGAGAAAAUAGAUCAAACAACGCCAAAACAAUGGAAAGAAUAUGAUGUUACAUAUCGACCUGUAAAUCAAAAUCAUUCAAUGCCAUAUGCCGGCUUAUAUCUGUCACGUAUUGAUUUUAAGUUUUUUGAAGCUGUUGGAAAAGGUGCGAAGCUUGAGAACAACUUGUGGCUGGCGAGUCUCAUAAAACAAUUGUUAAAAAAUAAUCGUGCUGCUUUGAAGCUUUUGGGACAUGAAAAUCUUUUAAAGAUGAAAAUGCCUCCGAAACAUAUUCGAGUAAUUUUCAUGAAAGUCAGCUACGUUCCAAGAGAAGAUGCUGAUAAGAAUAAUGGCUUAUGGAUGAGAAAAAUAUUAAACGCUGAGUACUUACCACCAAUGAGUAUAACAAGUAAUGAAUUGGAUGAAUUAGUCAACAAAUUAAGAAUUCCUAAAAAGAAAGAAAAGGAAACUUACCCAAAACUUUUAAACUUCUUGAAACAAACUCGAAUGUUCCUUGAAGUUGCUGACGGUCACUUUCUCGUCAAUGGUAUUAUUUUGGCUUCAUUUUUGAUCAUGUUUAGAUUGAAAAAAUAUUAGAAUUAAUGCUUUACUGCUGAACAAACACACAUUGGAUCUCUUUUUUAUCUUUACUCUGCACAAAUUGAAAAUUUUCUUGAGAGAAUACAAAAAUUAAUUUAACUUAAGAUUUUAUUAAGAAAUGAAUUAUUACUCGUGUGCCGUAAAAUAUAUCAAUCAGUCUGUUUAUUAUUUCUUAUGUUCUAAUAUAUGUAUUACAAAUAGAAUUAAUAAAAUAUGUUGGGAGACAAAAAACAAUAACAUUCCAAUCGAAUC